AUGAACCUGCUGGGCGCUGACCACCUUCCUUCCCUAGCCCACUUUGUCGUAUUCAACCCGACACUUGCGCGGAAACCUCCCAAAAACAAAGAUGCCGCACUUUCCGCCGCCGAACGGGAGCCCCGACAGCAGGCAGAGGAGCGCGACCGUGACCUUGAGGAUGACCUACGCGAGGCCGCUCAGAUAGUAUUCUACACUGCCCGCAACGCCGGCGGUGUGAGCCGAGAUCGCAUGCUUAGGCAGGUCGGCCUCGCCAAAGGCCUCAUGGGAUUUGCCGACAUGGUUGUUGUCGAUGCCGCGGCCGAUACCAACGCGCCCGUUUACUGGGCGAUUCGUGCGCAGCACCAACGACUACUCGUUUACUCACCCGAGCCUGACUGGUUCAUCUACAUUAAUAUCUCACUACCACGCGACAAGGACAAGGAUGCCAAGGACAAGGACGCGCCGGCUCCUCCGCCUGCGCCCUCUGACUGUAUGCUCGUCAAAGGGUUGCAGCGAGGGUACGAGGAUUUCUGCUUGCUUCAUGCCUCUCUCGAGUCCCACCUCCCGCCAACACCUGCGUUCUCGUCACUCCUCGAGCGCUACUGGACGCGCUUCGCUUUCGGCUUUGAGGCAGCGUACCUGAGCCCCGGUCCAGCGUAUCCGCUCCAGACAUGGCUCAAUGGUUGGCCCGCCGAGCUCGACGACGAGGCGCUGCGUGACGCGCUCACUGCUCUUAUUCAAGGUGAUGCUGGCGCCGGCCUCGUGUCCCCGAAGAGACCGCUCAUGACCACCGGCACUGUGCCGCGAGGUCGUGAAGGCGAAGCACUUACCCGCUUCCUCCUCGGACGCCUCGUUGCACUUCCGCCUGUGCCGGCGCCCAAGCCCGAGCGCCACUCCCUCGGCUUCGGGUUCGGGAGAAGAAAGCCGCCGCCCUUGAAGAAGGAUCUGCUCAAGGUCUUGGAAGCGGAGCCGCGGAAGACGUCAUGGGGCCUUGCAUCCCCGCUGUCAUGGGUGGGCUUUGCGGCGUCCGCUCCCGCGUCUCGGACAGCCACGCCCGUGCCUGUCCCAACACCAGCGCCCACUGCCGCUCCGGGGCUGAGCAAAAGUGUCGACGACAAGACCAAGGUUGAGCGCGCCACGCCCAGACCCACCGGCGCAGCACAUAAGCCCCGCUGGCCAAGCCUGGGUCUCUCAUUUGGCGAUGCUGUUGGCAAUGUGGGCGCUGCGUUUGGGCUAUCGUCGUCGCCCAAGCCGGAGAGCAGACUCAGCCAGGAGAUUAGACGAAAUGGGACCGCGACGCCAGCCGAGAGUGAGGCGAGUGAUGGGAGUGAUGCGAGGCAGAGCGAGGAGAAGGGAGAUGGGGACCGGGCUGGUGGUGAAGAGGAGACAGCCAAGCCGGCCGAAAGCGACCCCAGUGAAACGAAGAGUAAUGAGAAACAGACUGAGGAAGUCAAAGGGGUCGCGACUGAUGGUCGUGAAGCCGAACCGGAGGACACCCCUAAUCCUGCCGCACUCUACGCAGGCAGCGAAGCCUCGCCGACACCGUCUGCCACCGAGGACCAUCCCGCGGGCAUUGCGGCAACGCCACUGGAGACGACGCCCGGCGACACACAAGCCCCGACACCCGUCGCGACACCUGCCGAGUUGCCCGUCGAGACCUCAGCCGAACUGCCUGACCAAGCGACCGAGUUGGCCACCGACGUGCCCCUGCCCCCGCCUCCAUCUUUCAACCUCACGCGCUCUGACUCUCUCGCACUGAGCCUGGAUGACGCAGCAUCCGUCACCGGCUCUCAGGCAUCCGUCGCGGACCUCGACGCCGCGAUCCACUCCGAUGUCGACAUGGCGUGGGAGAGCCGCACCAUCUACCUCGCAGGUCAGCAGCGACGGCUAUGUUGGGUUGUCCGCGAGCGCACUCUGCUCUUCUUCAUCUGCCCGCACGGCGAGGACGACGAUGUGCUGCCAUCCGCGACGGCCGCGCUCUUGUACCACGCCGGCAGUGUGGCAGAGUCUGCAGGGAGCAUGGACACCACCGAGUCAGGCACGCUCGCUGCACUCCGAGGCUUCCUCCUCUCGGGCAUAACGGCGGUGUUGGCGCAGACGCCUGGUGGCAAGUUUGCCAUUGCCAAGAGUGCAGAGGAGGGUGACGGGGAGCUAUAUGCUCUCACGGGGCGGAACGCGAGUUUGACGGACGCGGAGCGCGUCGUGCGUGAGUUUGCGCUCGUCCGUCCAGAGUUUACAUAG